UGCAAACUGGGGACCCCAUGCGAGUCGACCUGGCGACCUCCCCGUCGUUAAAGCUUAGAUAAUUUAGCGACGUAGCUUACAAUGAAUGGACAAGGAAUCCAGCUAAAUCUAUUGUCAUUUUGCGAGGCACCAAAAUAUUUGAUCAAGUGUUAAUUUGUUGUUCACCGCCAAAAUUGCGCUAGAUCUAGGCGUCCACAGCUCCUCUAAAAGUAGUCCCGCUUCUAAAUUUAGCAUUGAAAUUCGAGCGACUCUCACUUAACCAGAGUCUUGCUGCCUUUUGUCUGUUAGUUCAUAAUAUCUCACACUCCGCGAGCUUUUGUUUACCACAGGGUUUUGUAUGCUUCUGGUCGCACGUUCUAUUUCCAAGGGCAGCCAUAUAAACAAAUGCAAUCUUGGAGCGUUGGGCUGGUGUGUGCGCCGCUGCGGAGUUCAUGAUCUUUGGGGUUUGGAGGUCAGGAGGCGUCGUCUCUGCAAGAAUGAAUUCAAAGUUGAAAGUAGGAGCGGCGGUGGUGUGCGCGGCCACUGCAUGUGCGGUGGCAGCCUUGAUAGUCAGAAGACGAGCUCAGAAAAACAGUCAGUUUAGACGCGCAUGGAGUAUUGUAAGGGAGUUGGAGGAAAAUUGUGGGACUCCUCUGCCUAAGCUCAUCCAGGUGGCGGACGCUGUCAUUGUCGAGAUGAACGCUGGCUUGGCCUCGGAAACUGGAAACAAGCUCAAGAUGAUCAUAAGCUAUGUCGACAAUUUGCCUACAGGAGAUGAGGAAGGCAUUUUCUAUGCACUGGAUCUUGGGGGAACCAAUUUUAGGGUAUUACGUGUAGAAUUAGGUGGUAAGGAAAGGCGAGUUCUUGACCAAGAGUUUGAAGAAGUUCCAAUUCCUCCAAAACUAAUGAGCGGCAGUACUGAGGAAUUGUUUGAUUACAUUGCUUCAGAACUAGCAAGUUUUGUUGCAAAGGAAGGUGAGAACAUGAGACCACCUCUUGGCCGACAAAGGGAGCUUGGAUUUACUUUUUCCUUUCCUGUGAAGCAAUUUUCAAUUGCCUCCGGCACGCUUAUCAAGUGGACGAAGGGAUUUUCUGUCUCAGGAACGGUUGGCAAGGAUGUAUCCGAAGCAUUAAAUGAAGCCAUGGAAAGGAAGGGUUUGAAUAUGCGUGUCUCUGCAUUGGUAAAUGAUACAGUGGGAGCAUUGGCUGGAGGCCGUUACUGGGAUGAAAAUGUGAUGGCUGCUGUUAUUUUGGGUACUGGCACUAAUGCGUGCUAUGUAGAACAUGCAGAUGCUAUUCCAAAAUGGCAAGGACCUCUACCAAAAUCUGGCAGCAUGGUUAUAAACAUGGAAUGGGGAAACUUCUGGUCUUCUCAUCUUCCUAUGACAGAAUAUGAUGUGGCUUUUGAUGCUGAAAGUUUAAAUCCUGGGGAACAGAUCUUUGAAAAGCUAAUCUCUGGGAUGUAUCUCGGAGAGAUUGUGAGAAGAGUAUUGUACAGAAUAGCUAAAGAAACUACCUUAGUUGGAGAUUUUAUACCAUCCAAACUUGCAAUCCCUUUUCAAUUAAGCACUCCACAUAUGUCUUAUAUGCACAGUGACACCUCGUCUGAUCUUCAAGUAGUUGGCAGAAUACUUAAGGAGGCAUUGGGGGUUCAAAACACAUCAUUGAAGACACGCAAGAUUGUUAUUGAAGUUUGUCGGAUUGUAGCAGAGAGAGGUGCCCGAUUGGCGGGAGCUGGAAUAGUUGGGAUUUUAAAAAAAAUUGGGAGAGAUGUAUUUGAAACUGUAGAGGAAAAAAAAACUGUUGUUGCAAUGGAUGGGGGGCUUUAUGAGCACUAUGAUCUGUUCAGACAGUAUCUGAAAAAUGCUGUUACAGAAUUGCUUGGUAGCAAGGCUUCAGAAAGAGUGGUCAUAGAACAUUCAAGGGAUGGCUCAGGUAUCGGAGCUGCUCUGCUUGCUGCAUCUCACUCACAGUACUUGCAAGAAACUUGAGAUCGAAAGCUCGGCAUUCAAGGCAUACAUAUACCCUAGUUCAGCAGGGUUGGUAAUGUAUCUUGUUGUAUUAAUAGAUAAGACAGGCUUAUGUUAGUGUAUCUUGAGCAUCUCAGUCAGAGCAGUUUUUUUUCUGCUCAAUUUUGUGAUUUACUCUAAUGGUCUGCUCAGGAGGCAAUAAUUUAUCUUCUUGUGUAUGGCUCUCUUUUCAAAAUGAAAAUGUAGAAAUGUAGAAACUUUUAUCAUCAA